AUAUUUUAGUAUUAUAUUAUUAUUACGAGUACACGCAUUAUGUGGCAAGACAUUGCACAAUCUGGUGUUUUAUCGGUUAUCUCUGUCAGAGGCUCUAGCGAACAGUUUUCACGAGAUCGUUUGCUAUAAUAAAUUUUAUGUUAUUCCUAAAAUAAUACAACGUAUAAUAUAAUAUUAAUAUACAUCACAAUGAAUUUAUUGUUUUUGUCGCUGAUCGUUUCCUUAGCUGUGCUAGCAUGCGGGACAGAUUCGAUAAGAACUUCGAUCAGGAGUCAGCUGCAAAUAUCACCCACAAAUAUAAAAAUGGAUUCUGAAGGUAAAAAUACUAUUAAUAAUUAUAUAUUAUAUGCACGAAAAAACAGAGCUGCAAAAACCGCUUUCGACGCCUCGGCCGUUAACAAAAAUUGGAUACGCAACAUUUCUAAGCAGAAAGUCAAGGAAUCCUUUAAAAUUAACGAGGGUGGCUUAAACAUUCAAAAUCAUAUUGCAAAUAAAACCAUUCUAAGGAAAAACGUCCAAAUGGUUUUGAUAAGGCCCAAGUUGAGGCAGUGUCCAGAAGGAACAGUUCGAGACAGUAGAGGAGAAUGCGCUCUGAGAUUUUCGGACGAUUGAAAACAUGAUAUCAAUUUUUUUUGUAAACUAUAAGUUUAAAACGUUAAAAUGUCUAGCAUUAUAUUAUGCGAUUGUAAUAAAACCGCUUCCAUAUUGAACA